AUAAUCAAAACAGCCAAUAUAGCAACAAAAUUGUUUACUUACGACACGGCUAAUUUUGCCCAAGGUUUUAUUACGAAAGGCUGCGCCGGAAAUGUAGCAAGUAGUAACGUGGAGCGGGGCAGAGGAGUGGAGGAUGUGUCUGUGCUGACAUCUGCACACCACUGCUUCCAGCCGAGGGCGACCGCAGUCGUGCUGACAAACAGCUACGUCCGCAGACGCAAAGAGACAUGUAACUUCUCGCUAAGUCCCGUGUCCUCGCCGCCAUGAGGGGACGCUGCUCACGCAAGCUAGGUGUGCUCGCCAAGGCUUUCCUCCUGCUGUGGCUGCUGUGGCUGGGAUACCUCCUGCUGGCGCACUCCCCCUCCGCGGCCCCCGACCACGGCGCACCAAGCCUGGACCACGAGCGUCGCGCGGCGGCGGAGCAUCCCGAAAAAGUCGAUGACGACGCCGACGACGACGACCGGUCGUUAUCCAGGCCGCUGUACGCUAAACCGCCUGCCGACGACAACGCCCCGGGGGAGUGGGGCCGGGCGGCGCACCUUAACCUCAGUCCGGAAGAAAAGAAGCAGGAGGAGGACAGCGUGGAGCGCUACGCCAUCAACAUUUUUGUCAGCGACAAGAUCUCUCUCCAUCGACACAUCAAAGACAACAGAAUGCCCGAAUGCCGAAGCAAGACGUUCGACUACCGCCGCCUGCCCACCACCUCCGUGGUCAUCGCCUUCUACAACGAGGCCUGGUCCACCUUGCUCAGGACCAUCCACAGCGUCCUGGAGAGCACGCCUGCCAUCCUGCUGAAGGAGAUCAUCCUCAUCGAUGACUACAGCGACCGAGUCUACCUGAAAUCUCAGCUGGCGGAAUACGUCAGUAACCUGCAGCGCGUCCGGCUCAUCCGCACCAAAAAGCGCGAGGGCCUGGUCCGGGCUCGCCUCAUCGGCGCCUCCUACGCCACAGGCGACGUGCUGACCUUCCUGGAUUGUCACUGCGAGUGCGUCCCCGGCUGGAUCGAACCCCUGCUGGAGAGGAUCGGCGAGAGCCCCAGCACCAUCGUGUGCCCCGUCAUCGACACCAUCGACUGGAACAGCUUUGAGUUCUACAUGCAGACGGACGAGCCCAUGAUCGGCGGCUUCGACUGGAGGCUCACCUUCCAGUGGCACGCUGUCCCCGAGGUGGAACGCAAGAGGCGCAAGUUGCGCAUCGACCCCCUCAGGUCCCCGACUAUGGCAGGCGGGUUGUUUGCGGUCAGCAAGGCCUACUUCACUCACCUGGGCACCUACGACAUGGGCAUGGAGGUGUGGGGCGGAGAAAACCUGGAGCUCUCCUUUCGGGUGUGGCAGUGCGGCGGCAGCCUGGAGAUCCACCCUUGCUCCCACGUGGGUCACGUCUUCCCCAAGAAGGCCCCUUACGCCCGGCCCAACUUCCUGCAGAACACGGUGCGAGCGGCCGAGGUGUGGAUGGACUCGUACAAGCAGCACUUCUACCACAGGAACCCGGCCGCCAGGAAGGAGACGUACGGCAACAUUUCUGAGCGUCUGCUGCUGAGGGAGAGGCUGAAAUGCAACACGUUCCACUGGUACCUGAACAACAUCUACCCCGACCUCCACAUUCCCGAGGACAGGGAGGGCUGGCACGGCGCCGUGCGCAGCUCGGGAAUAAACUCGGAAUGUUUGGACUACAACGCUCCGGAUCACAGUCCCACCGGCGCCCAGCUUUCCCUGUUUGGUUGUCACGGCCAGGGAGGCAACCAGUACUUCGAGUACACGUCCCAGAAGGAAAUCCGCUUCAACUCGGUGACGGAGCUGUGUGCGGAGGUGCUGGAAGGACAGUCGUCCAUCGGGAUGCGCCACUGCCCUCGUGACGGCGAAGUCAAGCCGGCCAGCAUCAUUUGGGAGUUUAGGGACGAUAAGACCAUCUACCACCCGCAGUCUAACACGUGUGUGACCGCCUACCGCAAGCCGGAGGGCCGCACGGACGUCCACAUGAAGCGCUGCAUCCCGCGAGAUAAACACCAGUACUGGAAGUUUGAGUGGUAGACCGUGAGAGACCUCCUUUUGACAUUUUAGUGGUCUUCUUCUGUGGCCCACUUCUACCCACCUUCCCCCCUCCCUCUGUGCCUUUACUGGGAAGACACAAGCGAACGAAAAGUGGCUGUCCUAGAAAGACGAGGACUCGCGUGGUCGCAGAACGAUGGGGAAGACUCACUUUUUACCUUUUUAUUCCCAGUGCAGGAAAACCAGGAAGUGCCUGUUGGACAGACUCGGCGUGUCUUGUUGUCACACUCCCAACCAGCAGGGGGCAGCCUGUCGGCUCCAUUUGAAUGAAAGCCUGCUUCUACCACUGAAAGAACCCAAAUAUCCUAAUGGAAAGUCACAACUGGGAGAUAAAAAGUCAAAAUUAUGACAUAAAGUUAUAAUUAUGAUGUUAAAAAAAAUCUCAAUUAUGUCAAUUAAUUAAGUUGACCUUGAGAUAAAAAAAGUCAAAAUUAUGAGAAAGUAAAUUACAAGAUAAAAAGUCAUAAUUAUUAGAUAAAAAAUUUAAAUUAUGCAGAAAAAAGUUGAAAUAGAAAUAAAAAGGCAAAAUUGUGACAGUUAUAAUUAUGACGUUAAAAAAAAUCUCAAUUAUGUCAAUUAAUUAAGUUGACCUCGAGAUAAAAACGUCAAAAUAAUGAGAAAGUAAAUUACAAGAUAAAAAGUCAUAAUUAUUAGAUAAAAAAUUUAAAUUAUGCAGAAAAAAGUUGAAAUAGAAAUAACAAGGCAAAAUUGUGACAGUUAUAAUUAUGCCGUUAAAAAAAAUCUCAAUUAUGUCAAUUAAUUAAGUUGACCUUGAGAUAAAAAAGUCAAAAUUAUGAGAAAGUAAAUUACAAGAUAAAAAGUCAUAAUUAUUAGAUAAAAAAUUUAAAUUGUGCAGAAAAAAGUUGAAAUAGAAAUAAAAAGGCAAAAUUGUGACAGUUAUAAUUGUGACAGUUAUAAUUAUGACGUUAAAAAAAAUCUCAAUUAUGUCAAUUAAUUAAGUUGACCUUGAGAUAAAAAAAGUCAAAAUUAUGAGAAAGUAAAUUACAACAUAAAAAGUCAUAAUUAUUAGAUAAAAAAAUUAAAUUAUGCAGGAAAAAAAGUUGAAAUUGAAAUAAAAAGGCAAAAUUGUGACAGUUAUAAUUAUGACGUUAAAAAAAAUCUCAAUUAUGUCAAUUAAUUAAGUUGACCUUGAGAUAAAAAAGUCAAAAUUAUGAGAAAGUAAAUUACAACAUAAAAAGUCAUAAUUAUUAGAUAAAAAAUUUAAAUUAUGCAGGAAAAAAAGUUGAAAUUGAAAUAAAAAGGCUAAAUUAUGACACAAGUAAUAAUUAUGACGUUAAAAAAAAUCUCAAUUAUGUCAAUUAAGUUGACCUUGAGAUAAAAAAAGUCAAAAUUAUGAGAAAGUAAAUUACAACAUAAAAAGUCAUAAUUAUUAGAUAAAAAAUUUAAAUUAUGCAGAAAAAAGUUGAAAUUGAAAUAAAGGCAAAAUUAUGACACAAGUCAUAAUUAUGAGUUAAAAUACAAAAUUAUCAGUCAAUUGAAAUUAGAGGCUAAAAAGUCAAAAAUAGGAAAUAUUAAUAAAUAUGUAUAUGAAUAAUCCUGAGAUAAAAACUUAAAAUUAUGAGAGAAAAAGUAGUAAUUGUGAGUUUAAAAUUUUUUAAUUAUAAAAUAAAAUUCAAAAUUGACAUAUAAAAUCACAACUAUAAUAUAAAAAGUUCAAAUUAUAUAAAAAGUCAAAAUAAGAUAAGUCAAAAUUUAGUAACUUUUUGUCUCAUCAUUUCAAUAUUUUCUCUGUGGGAUAUUUUCAUCUUUCAGUGGCGGGAACGGUCUUCCAUAGGGUUUGACCUUGAAGGCAAACGUCCUAAACUGACUCGUUGGCGCCUCCCCAGGAAGGAAUCGGUAUUGCCGUGAAGUCCUGUUGCACUCCCCAUUGUUCCAGUCGCCAGGCAUGUAAUGCCAACAAGAAGGAAGGUGAAGUUCUGCAGCCUUUUGCACCCAAAGCAGCUGCUUCGGAAGCGUGCUGCGGGAAUCCCGUCCAAAACGAGACCGCUUUUAUUCUAAGUGCCAUUAGUCCGACUAACUGUCCUAACCGCACCUUUAGAGAACUCCGAGGCCGAAUGGAAACUACUGAUGCAAUGCAGGGAUUACUUGAUUUGAAGAAAGAAAAUGAAUUAAAGAUUUAUCUGUGGACUUUUGGAUGGUGUACCAUAUGCAUUUGAAUACUACACACAACAUACAGGAACCCUGAUGCCUGCGGUGUUACUUUGCUUCCUGUCUUGGUAAUAAAUGGACGCC